UUAAAGUGAGAUUUGAACUCUGACCUCCAGAGAUCAGUAUAGGGCAAACAUCCAGCAGCAGAUGAAGGAAAAAUCACUUGAGCUUUCUCCAUCAUGACUCUAAGAUCUGACAUUUACGCACAGCUCAGAGCAGCAAAUCCGUUUGCAUGAAGAAACCCGUUUCUGGUCCAAAUCGGUUCUCAUUGAGGUUAUUGUAACGAAUCCGACCCCUCCACACCGCGGGUCACACUGUGGUUUGGAGGAGGUGGAGGGGUGGGGGACCCUGAAAGCCUCCAAAAGCUGCCGGGGCGCAGUGAUCGCUCUCAUUCAGCUGCGUGUGAAACCUCCUGCGUCUGUUCACAACAGCAAAGAAAAUCCAGCAGCACUCAGAUCCAGCAGGUCCAGGAUGGUGGUUGUUAUUUCAGAAAUAUAGAUUAUAGGCUCUUUAUUCAUUUUGCACUGAGGGUAACAGGAGACUGGAAAGUGGAGGAAUUUCAGGAAGGUAUAUUCUCUUUAAGUCUUUUGUUUGGCUGCUAUUUUUCCUCUGUUUGUCACAGUGUCAUUUUCAAAGAUCCUCUCACCAGCACUUUGGGUUUAUCAUACUGGCAAAACAUGGAUUUCUACUCAUGGACUAACAAACUGCAUCAGGUGGUUUGUUAGUCCAAGCAGCAGGAAUAGGAGGACUGCUGAUUUUCAUUAGUGAUUAAUUGUUUCCUCCUUCAGUAGUUUUGUCCCCUGAAAUGGUCUCUAACGUGUUCAUUACCUUGAAGCUGGAAUCAUUAAAGAUCAGUCAGUUUGUUUUUCUCUUAAUUGAUUAGCCACAAGUUUUCACUCAAAAACCAGUUGGUUUUAAAAUGAGCUUUGCUACAUGCAAAUGUGCUGAACACUUGUUUCCCACAGUUACAAUUAAUUAGGAGGUGCAAAGAGAAAAAUGGUAAACAAAACAAAACAUAAGAUUACAUAUAGGAGCCCAUACGGAGCCGUGGACAGCCGCUUAGCUCGCUCACUCAUUUUUUUCUCUUUUGACUCAGUCCCACACACAUCUUCCUGCAACCAGAGAUCUUCACUAGCGCACCAAAUGUGGAUUAAUCCACCGCUGCAAAUAAUCCCCAACUGUUGCAUUAUUCCCUCGUUUGAGUAAUGUUUGCUAAGAACUAUAGUUUAAAAAAAAAAAAACAGUAUAUAAUAUAUAAAUAUAUCUAUUAUAUUUAUGAGGUGUGGAGCAUCAUGCUCGGGUGAAUGUGAUAAAAACGCUGCUUUUCUGGAGAGCUGACGUGUGGAGAAGCUAACGACGUGCAGGCAGACGCAGAAAGUAAUGGGUGCGGAUGUUUUGAUGUGCAUUGCUUGAGGUCGGCGUGUGUUGCCCUAAAGGGUAGUGAGGUUGCAGCAAGUCCUCCAAAUGAAAUGACAGAAUACAUCAUUUUGUGUUUUGCUUUCUAGCACAGCAUAGGAUCUGACGCCUUUAUCAACCAAAAUUUGAAAAGUAAAUAAAUAAAUAAAUGUGUUUAACAGCAUGACAAUACUAUAAUUAAGGUUUGGAAAGAUCAUGGCGUGGGUUAAAUUAAACACUUGAGGUCAUGGCAACAUCUUGGUUUGAGCCAAAGCUGAUACAUCGUUAAGGUUAGCAGGCUUUCGUUGUCAUGGUUACAAUAAUAGCCAUCUAGUUAUGGUUGGAAAUAAUCACGGUCAGCUUUCCAAAGCAAAAAAAAAAAAAAAAAAAAAAACCUGGACUCACUGUGAGAAAAGGUAACAAACAGCUGUCUCCCAUGUCCAUGUCCAUCCACGCUGAUGCAGUCGUCCUUCUGUGGAGGACAGACUUGGAGCUCAGGAUAGUGGACAGAUGUAGCGCAUCAGACUUUAAGGAUCCUCUGUCGAAGAAGGUUGCGGAUGGAACCAAAACCCGAAAAGUGAAGACCAGCCACCUUCUGCGCAUAGACGAACAUGACUUCACCAUGAGGCCCGCCUUCGCAGGUCCUGCCGUCCCUGUUGGAGUGGAUGUUCAGGUGGAGAGCUUGGACAGCAUAUCAGAGGUCGACAUGGACUUCACCAUGACCCUGUAUCUGAGGCACUACUGGAAGGACGAGAGGCUGGCCUUCCCGAGCUCCACCAACAAGAGCAUGACCUUUGACGGCCGACUGGUGAAGAAGAUCUGGGUACCUGACGUGUUUUUUGUCCACUCCAAGAGGUCGUUCAUCCACGACACUACCACCGACAACAUCAUGCUGCGGGUCUUUCCCGAUGGUCACGUCUUGUACAGCUUGAGGGUUACAGUUACUGCAGCAUGUAACAUGGAUUUCAGUCGUUUCCCUUUGGACUCGCAGACGUGUACGCUGGAGCUGGAGAGCUAUGCUUACACCGACGAAGACCUGAUGCUGUAUUGGAAAAGCGGCGAUGAGUCCCUGAGCACCGAUGACAGGAUUUCUCUGUCUCAGUUCCUCAUCCAGAAGUUUCACACUACCUCUAGACUGGCUUUCUACAGCAGCACAGGUUGGUACAACCGUCUGUACAUCAACUUCACUCUGCGGCGCCACAUCUUCUUUUUCUUGCUGCAAACCUACUUCCCUGCUACUCUGAUGGUCAUGCUGUCCUGGGUGUCUUUCUGGAUUGACCGCAGGGCCGUCCCUGCCAGAGUCUCAUUAGGUAUAACGACAGUGCUCACUAUGUCCACCAUCAUCACUGGAGUCAACGCCUCCAUGCCCAGGGUCUCCUACAUCAAAGCUGUGGACAUUUACCUCUGGGUCAGUUUCGUCUUUGUGUUCCUGUCUGUGCUUGAAUAUGCUGCCGUCAACUACCUGACGACGGUGAGGGACGGUAAAGAAAGGAAGCUCAGAGAAAAAGUCAGGGAACAGUCUCAGACCCUCCCCUGCACCUGUGGCAUGUCCCAUACCAGGACCAUGAUGCUGGAUGGGACAUACAGUGAGGCAGAUGUCAACAGCCUGGCAGGGUACACCAGAGCCUCCAUGACGGCUGAGGAUGCGUCAGAAAAACAGGAGCGAAUGGUCGUGCAUCUCUCCCUGGAUGAAUCCACGGGAACCAAGAAAAAAGGCAUCCGCGGCUUCCGGAUUAUCCAGAACACCCAUGCCAUUGACACCUACUCUCGCAUGAUCUUCCCUGGUGCCUACAUCCUGUUUAACCUGAUCUACUGGUGUGUGUACUGCUGAGCGUGUACGUUUGAGUCGAAACAGUAGCAGCGAAAGAAAAAACAGCGAAACCAUUUCGUUGACCUUCAGAGAGAGGUAGUUGUUCCCAUACUGCAUGUUCAGGUGGAGCACCGAGUUUGGCAAGGUGGUUGAGACAUGUCACAGACUUCUGGGUGUGAUUUUCACCAACUCUGGCUCACCUCUGAACUGGACCACUUCUAAAGCUUCCCCCAUUUUGCAUAACUGUAUCACAAGCUUGUAUGUACUUGAUCAUAUCCCAGCAACCUGGUGGGGCUGGUUGCACAAGUUUUGCUGUUAGACUAGUCUAAUGUCGGCUGUACAAAAAUAAAACCAGACUGAUUUUAAGCCUAAAAAGUUAGCCACUGUACCCCAAGGCUAUGGUGACAAUGGUGUCACCGUUGACUCACAUUCAUUUGGGUUUUAGCAACACAACCUAUGUUAGUCUGAUUUUUUACUCAUUUUUCUGAUACAACAAUUGCAAUUACAAAAAAUGUUGGUGCUUUAGGAGUGUACAGUGGUUUUAUCAGGUUUUUGUUGCUGAAAACAAGGUUGAUAAAAGUAGAGUUUGCAGGCAAUAAAACCAAAACAAUGAGCUAAAAAUGCUCUGUAGUUUAGAGGGAAAAUGAAGAUACUUCAGAUAAUUCUCUGUGGGUUUGUCACUGUAGUGACGCCUUUAAGAUUACACUUAGUCGUUUGAUCCAUAGCUCAUAUAGAAAAUAUUGCUUGGCAAAGCUUUCAGAUUGCCAAGUAAGACCCUACAUGUCUAUCUGAAGCUGGACUUUUAGAGUUGAACCAUAGUCUGUCUUUGUACAACCAGCCCCUUCCUGGACUUCCCUAAAUAAUACCCUCUACUCUGAAGCUCUCUGUUUUCAUGAUCGAACUGUCAAAAUAAUAAGAGCAUAUAAUUUGGCUGCUGUUGCCUCUGUAACCUUUGGAACCGACUGAGUCACCUAACUGAAUGUGUCCACAGCAGAUGGCUAAUGAGGCAGUAAGUGAGCUAAAUACCAGCCUUCCUUCCCUUUACAGCGCUCCGACUACAGUGACAACAUUUCAAUUCAAGUGACACUCAGUGCAGCUUCCCUGUAUUACUCACUGACUGCUGUUGAUAUUCACCAGACUAAAGCAACCCAUUAAGCCAGGACUAAAAAAGGAUGCUACUACUGAAUGGGCUUCAUAGCACCAUAUAUCACUGUUGCUGAGGAAAGUGUUUAUUUAUUUAUGUGUUUGCGAGCUUCGUUAUUCACUGACUUUCUUUUAUUGAAUAUUUAUUUAUUUAUUGUGCAGAAAUAGAUUCGUGUGCCAUUAUACCUUAAGUUGGCAAAGAUGCACGCAACAGGGCUUGUACAAAACUGCUUGAUGCAUGCUGUGAGACGUGCAAUACUGUAUCUUUCUAGUUGUAUAUUUCUUAGAGAGGACUUUAAAACAGGGAAAGCUUUACCAGUGAUGUAACCAACUUGAACCGCCUUAAGUAAACAUUUUUUUAUACACCAACAUGGUUCAAUGGCUGAAUUUUUUUUUUUUUCAUUUGUUUGAAUAACAUGAGUGAUUGCAUGGCUUUGAUGGAGUUUUCUAAGCAGUAUUUCAUUCAGUUUAGCAUUUCAUUUAAUUAUAUGGGAAAACAGUAAACUAGAGGCUUUUGGGUAGCCACACAGCUAUAUGUUUGCUUUCUCCCAUCACAAAUGCUUCAUUCCACAAUACUGGUUUAUGAGUCAAUAUUGAAAAAGCAGAUUCCACAAAUUUAUUUUAAAAAUAUCCAAUAGUCAAAGAAUAGCUUUACAUUUUGAGAAAUUAGCUUAUUCACCUUCUUGCUAAGCAUUAAGGCCCAUUUAUACUUCUAUGUUAAGGGCUAUGCCACAGAUUACAGCAGCAUUAUAUGCAUAGGCUCUGCUAGGCUACAGCAUGUGAUGUGUGUCUGGUCCAAAAUGUAACUACAGUGGGACCCCUAUUAACUUAUUUUUUAUUUGGCCCUUGCAUCAUGUAUGAAUUUCAUGUCUGUGCAUAUUAAGUACAGAGCUGGACCAGGACGCUGUUACCUUAGCUUAGCACAAAGAUGGGAACCAAGGUGGAAACAGCACCAACCACAGACCUGACUGGUCAAAUGUUUCUACAGCCAGGGGAGGCAGCCAUGUUUUCAUGACACUCAGCAAAAAAAAUAAAAUAAAAUAAAAUAAAAUAAAAUAAAAUAAAAGUGCAUUUCACAAAAUGUAAAACAACCCAUGGUCUCAAUCAGAUUCAUAAUGUAUUCAGUAACCCCUUUUAUGCUUUAAAUGGGAUUUAUGUAUUUUUUAAACAUGCUUAUUAUUUGGGAUUCUCAUAACAGCAAGUUAGAUCGUCUCUCAGUGCAAAAAAUAAAAUAAAACAAGAAAGACAAGCACGCUUGCAGAUCUGUCAGCUUCCAA